UUUACUGCCAUAAUUAUCCGAGAAUUCCCCAGGGUAUUUGCCAGUCCGAGAAGGAAUUAAUGAAAUAAGGAGGGCGGAGUGAGCUGCGACAGAUGUUGGGGAAGUAUUGUUGAAUGUGGAGAAAAGGAGGAAGAGGAGGAAGAGGAGGGAGACUGUCCUGACCUCAGAUGAGCAUGUGAAGCCAUGAAGGAUUUGCGAUGAUUCUUUCUCUGAAAACAUCCGCUGGACACGUUUGGAGAAUUGUUUCAGAAACAAACCAAAUCGCUACAGAAGACCUAACCCAAGAAUGGUUCCAACAUAGAUGGUUAUGAAAAUCUGCACUCCAAGUCUGAAACGGCAGGGAGUAAGAUGUUCGUGGAGUCAGUUGUCCGAUGGUGGGUUUGGAGCAUCCUGCUACGCUUUGGACUGGAAGUUUCUGCAGGAGGCUGUCCUGCACGCUGUGUAUGCCGACCUGAGGCAAGAGAAGCGAUCUGCUCUGGCAAAUAUUUGACUUCCAUACCAGAGGGUUUUUCCAACGAUGCCAGGCGUUUGGAUUUAUCCCGCAAUAGGAUUAAAACUGUUGGACGUCGUCAAUUCACUGGCCUCCCACAACUUCAAGAGUUGGACCUCAGUGAUAAUAUAAUCUCUAUGAUUGAAGUAGAGGCUUUUUUGGGCCUUAGGAAUCUUAGGACACUCCGAAUUAAAAACAACCGUCUCAAGAUCCUUCCAGUGGGAGUGUUUUCAGGCUUGUCUAAUCUGCGCUUUUUGGAUUUGAGCCAGAAUGAGAUUCUUGUUUUCCUGGACUAUACAUUCAAGGAAAUGGUCAACCUUCAAACACUGGAAGCUGGGGGAAAUGACCUUGUUUUCAUCUCCCAAAGAGCAUUCUUUGGCCUGCAGAAUCUACAAGAGCUUAACUUAGACCGCAGCAACCUGACCUCCAUUCCCACUGAGGCCUUGUCUCAACUCCAGAGCCUGGCACAGCUCCGCAUGAUGCGCCUAGCUAUUUCUUCACUUCCCAACAAUGCUUUCCGACGACUCCACCGUUUGCGAAGCCUCGUGAUCUCAAACUGGCCAACAUUGGACACAAUGGCUGCAAACAGUCUUAUCGGUCUAAAUUUGACCUCACUUGUCAUCAAUAGAUGCAACCUAAGCUCAAUUCCUUACGCAGCACUUCGUCAUCUGGUGUAUCUGCGCUUAUUAGACUUGUCCAACAACCCUAUCACUGUCAUCCAAGGUAACCUACUAGGAGAUCUCCUGAGACUCCAGGAGUUGCAUCUUGCUGGGUCAAGUCUGCUAAAAAUAGAACCAGGAGCCUUCAGAGGACUGUCCUUCUUUCGCAUGCUCAAUGUAACAUCAAAUCAGCUAACUACUUUGGAGGAGAGUGUUUUCCAUUCUGUGGGGAACCUUCAAGUGUUACGGUUGGAUGGGAAUCCCCUGGCAUGUGACUGCCGACUUCUGUGGGUGGUCCGUCGCAGGCUGCGCUUAAACUUUGAUGGACAUCAGCCCACCUGUUCUUCUCCUGAUUUGGCAAAACAUCGGGAAUUCAGAGAGUUUUCAGAAAAGGAACUCCCAAAGAUUUUCACCUGUCGCCCUGCUCGUAUCUUGGACCGCAGGCCACAGGAGGUGAGAGUUGAAGAAGGUACCACUGUUCUGUUUUUAUGCAGGGUUGAUGGAGAUCCAUUACCAGUUAUCACCUGGAUCUCAUCCCAUAAGAGUGUGAUAUCUUCUUCAGGGAGAGUCAGAGUUUUACCAAAUGGUUCUCUGGAGGUGCGUUUUGCCCAGGUUCAGGACAGUGGUGCGUAUCAGUGCCUGGCAAGCAAUGCAGCUGGCAAUGACAGCCUGACUGUGGGUUUACAUGUUAAGGGGCUCCCACGCAACAGAUCCAUUCCUUUGUUCACAGAGGAAGGCUGGGUUGAGCCUUCAACUGCCCAAGCUGCCAACUCCUCAGCUCAAAUGGCCAAGCCAUACCCCUUUGAUGCAAAGACCCUGAUAAUUGCCACUACCAUGGGCUUUUUGUCAUUCCUCAGUUCUGUUGCCAUCUGUUUCGUCUUCAUGUUUUUCUGGAGUCAAAGCAAAGGUCAGAUCAAGCACACAGCAACUAUUGACUUUGUUCCUCGGUCUUCUGUUAGCGGAGGAGGGGGGGACGGAGGUGAUGGUGGAAGGUUCACUAUGAAACUCAUUUGAAGAGAUGUAAGAUUACAAGAUGAUUCUCAAAAUGAAGUACUUCUACAAUACGGCUCACAGAAAGCAACCUGCACUAAAGUGAAGAAAGCAACCUUCAUUUGAUUAUGCCAGCCCCUAUCCGAGUUCUAGAGCUGAAAGUUACAUCAGUGGCUUCUUUUCUGUGUCAUCUGAGUAAACACAGUGCCAUGAUCAUUGAGCUGUAAAGUUGCUGGGCUUUUGCUCUGCUCACGUUUUUCAACAUAUUGUAAUUUCACUCAAAAUAUGCUUACCAAAGUGUUUUAUUUUUUCUCAUUUUAAUCAUCACUGCUAAACUGUUUUUAUAGGUUUAACUGCUCUUUAUGAAGCUGUGGGGAAUGUGAAAAUUGCACUUCUUUAAAAAUGUAAAACAGAUCAGAUGCAAUUUGGUCAUCCAUGUUUGACUAAUAUACUCCAUCUAAUCUUCACAUGCAAGGACUGAAUUAUUAAUUUUACACUGAGAUUAAGGUUAUUACAAAAAUUGUGGUUAUAGUUCAUAGAUUAGACAAAUAAUUUCUGACUUUAAACCAGACUUUUUGUGACUUUAGAGGUUGGUUUCAUUUUAUAAGGUUGUCGCAUGGAAAUAAUAAAUGUUUUUUUUUAUAUUGCUAUUGUUAAAUAAUGAUGUAGGAGUGUCAAGCCACAGAUAGCAAGCCAUAAUGUACAUAGGAAUGUAUCCUUCCUGUUUCAGAUUUUAGACAUUCUUUUUUUAAAUUGCCUUUCCUUUUGUUACAUAAAUUCACCUUAUUGCAACAUUAGUUGACCAUUUAUUUGAUCAAAGCAUGCUUAUAUGUCUCUAUUUUAUAUUCAUGACAUGCUUUUUUUUAUAAUGUAAAAACACAAAAGAGACAAAUAUGUGCCUCAGCAACAUUUUCACCAUCGACAGAGAGAAUGCUCACCUGAACAAUGCUGUCUUGCUAACAUUUAGGUCAGGGGCAAUUUUUUGCCCUGUGUUUAUUGCAUCAUUUUUAUCUAGUUCUGGGAUUAGUGUCACUCCAAUAUGCCACUGUUAGUGCAUGUGUGCUUGAUUUAGUAGAUGCACAAUGUUAUAUACAAAAAAAGCGCUUAAUCGCUCCUGGAAAGGAUGCUUUGAAAAUGACACACAUGCUUUACAACAUGUUUAUUUACUGUAAUUGACUUAUUUUCAGCCUGUUAUUAAACGCUGAUCUCUGUCUUCAA